UUUUUUUUUUCAAAAUGCUAUGUUACUAUAUUUCAAUAAGUACGCGAAGGCAGCAUAUGUCUACCCGGUGUUGCUGUGAUAUUGAGAGGUCACACAUUUUCAAAAACCAGGGAGUUAAGAGCAGUGUUGUACGUUUGUGUCUCAUUGCCUGAGCACUAAUCAAAAUUUCUGAGUGAAGAAGCCAGGAUGUCAGAAGAGGUGUCCCGCAACAUAAACAUCAAGGAGCCAAGAUGGGACCAAGGCACUUUCACGGGCCGCGCCAAGCACUUCUUCAUGGUCACGGACCCAAGGAACGUCCUGCUGUCCUCUGAGACUCUGGAGGAGGCCAGAGUGACUGUGGAGAACUACAGAGCUGGGAUCGUGAAGCCUGGUCUGACGGAGGAUGAGCUCUGGAGAGCCAAAUACAUAUAUGACUCUGCCUUCCACCCCGACACAGGGGAGAAGAUGUUUGUGAUUGGCCGGAUGUCUGCUCAGGUGCCAAUGAACAUGUCCAUCACAGGCUGCAUGCUCACCUUCUACAGGACUACUCCAGCAGUGGUGUUUUGGCAGUGGGUUAACCAGUCCUUUAACGCCAUCGUCAACUACACCAACCGCAGUGGAGACGCACCCAUCACCGUGAACCAGCUCGGCGCAGCUUACGUCAGUGCUACAACUGGAGCCGUAGUCACUGCACUGGGACUCAAGUCUCUAGCUACGCGUCUGCCUCCAAUCAUCAGUCGGUUUGUCCCUUUUGCUGCUGUUGCUGCUGCUAACUGUAUCAACAUUCCCUUCAUGAGGCAGAGGGAGUUAAAGUACGGUAUCCCUGUAACUGAUGAGAAUGGAAACCGGUUAGGAGAGUCUCCAAAUGCUGCCAGACAGGCCAUCGUGCAGGUGGUGGUGUCGAGGAUUGGGAUGGCGAUGCCUGCAAUGGCCAUUCCCCCUGUCAUCAUGAAUGCUCUGGAGAAGAGAGCUUUCAUGAAGCGGUUCCCAAUUCUUAACGCUCCAGUCCAGGUGGGAUUAGUCGGUUUGUGCCUGGUGUUUGCAACUCCUCUGUGCUGCGCCCUGUUCCCUCAGAAAAGCUCUAUGAGUGUUAGCGGGCUGGAAGAAGAUCUGCAAGAAAGGAUACGAAAGACCAGUCCUCACAUCACCACUGUCUACUUCAACAAAGGCCUGUAGGAGCAGCCAGCACCUUUCCAUGCAUAUGUUGACACACACACACACACACACACACACACACACACACACACACACACACACACACACAUUGUGCUCUGGAUUCAGUUGGAAGGUUAAAUAAAAUAUAUUUGCAGGGUUUUUUUUGUUGUUGUUUUGUUUUGUUUUGUAAAGGCUCUUUUUUUUUUUUCAGGAUUUACUGACUUUGAAAAGAAUGAUCACUGAACGCUGUCUGUAUAUAGAUGGCGCUCUUGAGGGAACACAAAACGACAAAAUGAUUUUAGCUUUUUUGUUUAUUUGUUUGUUGGGUUUUUUAGGUUUUUUUUUAGUUUAUUGUUUUGUGGUGUGUUUUCUGUCUUCCGCUGGUCACAGCUGAGCUUUUGGGUGGCUAUUCAUGAAGUUACUGAUUUGUCCUCGACCCGACAAUAUCUUGCGUUGCAUUCAGGUUCAUUUCUGAUUCAGCUAAAAUGAAGACUCUUGCUUAUCGAUCAUGUGUGUAACUUCUUCUGAAUGUAACAGUCUUUUCUGGCCUUGUGCUACCACUCUUUCCAGUGUAUAUUCCAGUGUCAUAUAUUUCGCACUGACCGUUAUGUUAAAUCUUGAGGCCACCAACCGAGUUGCCCCAAGAAAACUGUAUAUUAAGUCGCUCUAAAUAGCCCGACUCCUGUUGAAGUUCCUGUUUUGUUGUACCAUGCCUGUUGUUACCCAGUGCAGCUUCUAACCUUCUUCUACUCUCCUCUAAGUGUACUUAUGCCCUUCAUAUUCUUAGUCAAAGUAAUGAGGUGCUCAGCACCUGUGGCAAAGAUCUUUAUACAGCAAAUAGCACAUCCUAUAUCAGUCAACACUACAAACUGUGGUUCUCAUCAGUGUAAAUAUGUACUGUGGCAGCCUGGGGUUUUUUGUUUUCUUCUUGAAGGUGAUUGUGCUUUUAAGUGGUGGCAUUCGGUGGAAAGAGGAUAUUGUCUGUGUACAUGAGGAAGAAGAAAUGCUGUUGAUCUCGUUGAUAAAGAUCUUAAAUGAUCUUAAAUGUAUUGCUGCUGUUAUGUGAAUACUAACUCACAGUUUGUGGGUUUUUUAGUGUUUGCACCUGACCUGAAGUGGGCUGGGAGACAUCAAAACAGCCUGAUUGUCAAAAGCGUGAGAGCCACUGAUGUCCUGUUGCACCAAAGGACAUUGGUAAAUGUUGUGUGACAGGUCAAAAUAGUAAACUCCUGGUUAUAGGUCAUGGUAGCUGUGUGUGCACAGUGUUUGUUGCUGCUUUGUUAAUGUGGACAGCCCGGCCGAGUUUGAGCGUCUUUGAUCAAAAGUCAUUCAUAUUGUUGAUCAAGCUCUCCAAACGCAGUGUCUCCAGUGUAGUUAGAUAGUGAUGAUGGUGUCUUAGUGGUGUAAAAAUAAUUAUAUUUUUCUUGGAUAUAUUUAUGUACAAAGCACAUAUAAUGUAGAAGCUAUGAAGCACAUGUAUGAGGGAUUUUAAAGAUUUUAAUUAAAAUGUAUGCCUCUGUUAGUGAAUGCAUCAGAAGGCCCCACAUAUGCACUUGGAAACAAUGUCCUCUCCUCUUGAUACAGGAUUGUGUGUGUGUAUAUGUAUUGUAAUUUAUUGCAAAUGACUAGGAGCUUCUCCUGCUUCAAGACCAAUCAGCUAUCAGAUUAGAGGAGUGUUCCUAUAGUUUGAUUUAUCACUGUUGCAAAUUACCAGUUCGGAUUCAGUGUUAGUAUAAAGUGAUGUUUUGUGUAUGUUGGUUAAAAUGUGACCACAGUAAGAUUGUAUAGAUCACCAAAAUUCAUCUCCAUCAAGACACUUAGAUAUAGUUGUGGACUUGUGGACAGAUGUUGGGCAUUAACCGCACAGCAUUUGUAUUCUUGUCAAUGGACUUUUUGUACAGACACCAAUGCACAGUGAUUGUGUUAAUGUGCGAUUCCAACAUUCAGUAGCUUUAUUCACCAAACUUUAGGAGAGUGUUGCUACUUGAAACUCAAAUGAAGGUGGACGUAGUGGUAUUUUUAACUAUUGGCUUUCUUGUUUUGGAGAGAAAUUGGCUUUUCAUAUGAACACUUCACUCCCUUUCCUCUCAUCCAUGUAAACAGAAGGCUUCUGUUUGAGUCCCCUGCUUGAAUUAGACACUGACACGAUCACAUGCACUGCAGGACAGUGUUUCACACUUGGCAUCACUACUAUAGUCUAUAUGUAGGAGUGUUUGCAGUGGCCACUGAAGACCUUUUUGUUACGAUGCUGACUGCAUCUACUGUGUGAUGUGUUUGCUGUGCUGCUGUAGGAAUUAACUGGAUUUGUGUUGCUGUUUUAAAGGAGCUUUUACAAGUGUAUAUUGAUAUUUGUGAGUCUUCAUCAUGCUGGAUAAUGCUGACUGAAUUGUGGCUUCGCAUCUGCUAAUUUUUAAUCAUUUGUGGUCUGCUAGCUUUCCCAUCUUUCUCCUUUUCUACUCGCAUUUGGGUGCACAAACGUUUAAGAACAAAACUGAGGGGUUUGAGUCGGCAUUCAGACACGUUUGGAAACUUGCAUCGUCCCAGCUUGUGACUGUGUUUUACCACCGUAUCAUGUCACACCUGUAGAGCCAGCCAAAGAUGAAACGGGUAAAGGACUGAGGAAGUGUGUAGCUUUUUAAAAGUUUUUGUUUCAGCUUUAGCAAAUGGACCUUUUGUCAUACUUGUGCAAAAACAGUUUGUUUUUUGUGUAUUUUAACACAAGUGGUCCUCUCCACCAAAUCCAUUGUCUUGAAUACAAAGCUACAAGUUUGAAGAUGUAAAAUAAAUCCAACACACACUUUAUUUUUGGAAUUCAUUUUUUUGCCAUUGCUUUUAUUGACAGUAACAUUUUAGAUCACAGAGUUCUUUCAGUGUUUUACAACUUUGCAUACUGAAGGCACGCAUGCAAAAGUCAUGUCAUGCUACACUCCAUGAAUGUUUUGGUUAUUUUAUAUACAUACAACUCACAUACAUGUAGACUUAUCAGUAUUUGUGUUUUCUCCCUCUGUUUUGUAUUGUUUUGAAAUGUAUAUUUCCUUGACGUGGGAUGUAUUUUAAUCUGAGCAAUAGAAUAAAAUGUGUAACAUCAA